GCAGGCAGCGGGAGAAGAAGGGAGCGGAUGUACCCAGGGCGAAGGAUGCCCGGGAUAAUGUCACCGUUUUAUUCUCUCUCCCACCUGUCCGUGUCAUGAUAAACGCUGCUGGUGCGGUUGCCCGCCGGAUGCCGUCGGCGGCCCGGCGGAGCGGGUGCUGGAUAGCGUGGUGCCAGGCGGUCCUGCUCGGCGUGUCGGCGCUGGUGAUCGUGGCAGAACGGAGCGCUCUGAUCUACUGUAUAGGGUUUUACCUUUGGAAUGAGGAGACACAGUGGGCAGGCCUCACUCUCGGCCUCUUUCUACCGGGGACGGCGGUUCAACUGCUGAGUGUGAAAUGGUACUAUGAUGAUGGUGAUGACAGGCGAUGUUACCUCUCUGUCAUACACAUACUGCACUUGGGCAUCUUCAAAAGGUUAUGGGACUGCAUGAGGUCUGUGCUGCGCAUGCAGGGCUCAGUGGCUGAGCUUGGAGCUGCUGUCAUGCAGCAGGCAGAUGUUGCUGCCCUUUGGCUGCUGGAGGCCCUUGUCCUCACAUUGCCUCAGAGCCUGCUGCAGGCGUAUGUCGUGGUGUCCACUGAUGUGGGCAUCAUGUCACCAGUGGCUUAUUGCUGUGGUCUGUGUGUGCUGUCUAUUUCCUGGGCCCUGGUGCUGUACAGCAGAGCCUGCUGUCUGAUCCGACCGGGCCACCUGGCCAUGCCUCCGGCAGCCCUGCUGUGCCAGCUGGUGUGGAGGGCAGGCAUGCUGGGUGCCAGGGUGACUUGCCUCAUGUUCUUUGCCAGGGUCUUUAACUGGUGGGUCUGUGGAGUAGCAGGCUUCCACUGGCUGACAGCCUCCUUCUGGCUGGUAUCACAGCAACCAGACAUCUGCACCGGCCCAUGGUGUUGGCGGGCCUUUAAUGGCAUCAUGGGGCUUGUCCACGUCUUCCUCUUCCUCAACGUCAAAGACGGACCCUCGCGCUUCCGCAUGGCCAGCUUUUAUGCAUUCAUGCUCAUAGAGAACGCCACUCUACUGCUGGCCGCCUCCGACUUCCUUAGCGAAGCGUCAUGGGACAGCAUGACCCUUCCCACCACUGUGCUGUGUAGCUUUCUCCUUGGUGCUACCUCUCUUGUCCUGUACUACCGCUUCCUCCAUCCCAAGUCAACAGAGAUCUCCCAGGGUACCAACCACAACCACAUGGGCAGCACAUGCAUAGAACAGGGGGAGUCCUCCUUCUCUCUUGGGGACAAAAGCUUGCCAGCUCCUUCCAUUCAAAACCAUGGCAGCUUCUCCCUCUCAGGUGUGGCUGGUACUCUGCUGGAGCACCCAGGAAUCUGUGGUGGCCGGCCUAACAGCUCCUGCCCUUGCUACCACCACCACUGGCUCCUGAUCCGCCUGGCCCUUAAAACAGGGGACCUGGGGAAGAUCAACAGAGCAUAUGGGGCAGGCGGAGCAGCAGCCAUACUGGACAUGGAGGAGUACAACCAAGAGUUUAAGAGUAACGAGGGCGUCACUAUCACAGCAGGAGGCAGCUGUGAAGGAAUCUCCACCUCUGAAUCUCAGGGGAAAGGCCUGGCACCCCUCUCAGACUGCAAAGAUGAGUUCCAGAGUGUGAGCGAACCCUCGUCGACCGAACAACCUGAAGAAGAAGACGACAGUCUGGAGAUGGAGAGCCCUCUCGAGUCACCCGCAUCAGAUUAUAAACGCAGCUCCCCGGAGGGCAAGUCUGUGUUUGGAGACAGUCCAGAGCCAUAUUUCUGCCCCACAGAGUCUAGUUCAACGUUGUAUUUCAGUGCUGACCCUCAGUCUCCCAGCAGCGCCAGUAACCCCCGUUUGGACAGGGACAUAGGGGCUCUGGAACAGGGUGUUCGCCUCAACUCCAUCCCUAGUGAUCCAGCCCUUCACAGAGAUGUCCGUGGGCUCAUGGGCCGGGUCGGACCUCGUUGCACUUCCACUCCUAAAUUGGACUCUGGAGUCCUGGACUCUCCUUCCAGUAUCCCUCAUCUCACAGGUCCAAGGAGGCAGCUCAUAAUGUCCCGGAGAGAUGAGGAUGACAGCUUCUAGCUUUCUCAUGACAGAAUCAGGGAAACAGCAACUUAUCCAACAUUAAAGGACUACACCAGGUUUCUGGAAAUUUCACCUCUGUAUACCCAUAAAUAUAAUACACUGUGGGCACAGCAUAUGCAGCAAUUUCGGGCUAAUGCUAAGCUAGCCUGCACUACUCUCAAAUCAUAAACUAUUUUCUAAAAGCAUUGCUUUGCCCAGAUGCUGGACACAGUGGUGAAACUUUCAGCAGUGUUUUCAUCAGACAUCAAGACAAUAAUUAAAGAGCUAAUUAGCCACAAGGGUAAUGUGUGGAGCUCAGACACACCUUCUACCUUACAUUAAACAUUUUUUUAAUUCUUUUGCCAGCAGCUAACUUCAAGCCUCAACAACCGUGCAACAAAAUGAACACUGGUUCUGCCAGGUUGUAAUUACAUGUUAAGGAAGUAGCCAUGAGUUAAAUCAAUAAACGUCAUUAGAAAUAUGCAGCUACUUUAUGAACUCAGACAGCUGAUGUUCUCUGUUGUUACAAACAGAAACUGCUGUGAUUCAUGUUAAUAAUUGUCAGCAGAUAUGAAAAUAGAGAAGUUAUUCCUAGAUCAAAAGGGGGCAGGAGUGUCUGACCUUUGAAUAUUAACCAUCUCAGCGUAAGCCAGAGCUUUGUUGGCUUGUUAAAAGCACAAGUAUCUUCUGUAUCAUACAUCUGUUGCUGUUAUUUUUUUGUUAUUCCCAUUUAAAAAAAACAACAAAUUCCUAGUCCCAUCAGAGAAUAAUAUACUGUAUUUUUUGUAUAAUCAUGUUGACUGGCAUUGCUUUGAGCAGGGCUAGUAUGUCAACCUGGCAAAACUGUGUUUGAUGUUUUAACUUUAUUUACAUGUUGAUCAUGUAUUUGCUGAAAUGUUUUCCGGAAUUUACAUUAUGUUGAAAAAAAAAAUGUCUCAGGCACUGACUUUAAACUCAAAUGUCUAUUGUGUAACAAAAGGUAAAAAAAAAAAAAAAAAAGAAGAAGCUUACUUGUAGUGACUUUUUUAUGUGCUCUUGAUUGUUAUUUAUAGGGGACAAAUGCAUUUUUGGUCAUUACUGUUGUGUAAAAGGGAUGAAAUCCAGAAAGCAGUGAAGUGAUGCUGGGUUUUUUUCUUGCACCCACGUGACUGCCUACAUGACAUUUUGAACUGUGAAGUGCAAGGCCACUGGUGGCUUUAAAUAAGCAAUAAAUAUCCUACAUAUUGGGGU